UGACCUUUUGGCGGGGACUGGAUUUCAUAGUUUCAAAUUUAGUACAAGGAGAGCGCUGUUUCAGUUAGGUGUUUCGUGGGCUACGAAGUUCUGGUUUAUAGUUUUAAUUCCAUAUGUUCUUUGUCAGGCCGGUACAAAUCAAAAAGUAAUAAUGGCUGAAGAACCACUGAAGAGCUUGUUCGAUAACAAGCAGAAGGAGAAGUCUAAGAAGAACGAAAAUAGGCUUUCGGUUGAGAGGAUCUACCAGAAGAAGACCCAGCUUGAGCACAUCCUCCUCCGACCUGACUCCUACAUCGGCUCUGUGGAGCCCGUCACGCAGCAAAUGUGGGUGUAUGAUGAAGAUGAGGGACUGAACUCUCGUGAUGUCUGCUUCGUACCGGGGCUGUACAAGAUCUUUGACGAGAUACUUGUGAACGCCUCGGACAACAAGCAGCGAGACAAGGGCAUGUCCAUCAUCAAGAUCAAUAUUGACCCUGAGAACAACCUGAUCAGUGUGUGGAACAACGGGAAGGGGAUCCCUGUGGUGCAGCACAAGGUAGAGAAGGUCUUUGUUCCAGCCCUUAUCUUCGGACAGCUCCUCACCUCCAGUAACUACGACGACGACCAGAAGAAAGUAACCGGUGGACGUAACGGUUACGGAGCUAAGCUCUGCAACAUCUUCAGCACCAAGUUCACGGUGGAGACUGCAUGCAAGGAGUCCAAAAAGAGUUUCAAGCAGUCCUGGUACGACAACAUGGGCCGGACCAGUGAUUCCACGAUCAAGGCCUUUGAGGGCGAAGAGUUCACCUGCAUCACCUUCCAGCCUGACCUGGCCAAGUUCAAGAUGAGCAUGCUGGACAAAGACACUGUGGCCCUCAUGACGAGGCGAGCCUACGACAUCGCCGGCGCCUCCAAGGGCAUCCGCGUUAUCCUCAAUGGCAAGAAACUGCCCGUGACCGGGUUCCGCAGCUACGUGAACAUGUACCUGAAGGACAAGAUGGACGAGGCGGGCCAGCCACUCACCGUGGUUCAUGAGGUGGUGAACGACCGCUGGGAGGUGUGCCUCGCCAUGAGCGAGAAGGGCUUCCAGCAAGUCAGCUUCGUCAACAGCAUCGCGACCACCAAGGGCGGGAGACAUACCGACCAUGUGGCCGACCAGGUGGUCUCCAAGCUAAUCGGCGUGGUGAAGAAGAAGAACAAGGCAGGGGUGGUGGUGAAGCCCUUCCAGGUGAAGAACCACCUGUGGCUGUUUGUCAACUGUCUGAUCGAGAACCCCACCUUCGACUCUCAGACCAAGGAGAACAUGACCCUGCAGCCGAAGAGCUUCGGCUCCACCUGCUCCCUCAGCGAGCAGUUCAUCAAGCAGGCGACAGCAUGCGGGGUGGUUGAGAGCAUCAUGAACUGGGUGAAGUUCAAAGCCCAGACGCAGCUCAACAAGAAGUGCUCCGCUGUCAAGCACUCCAAGAUCAAGGGUGUGCCCAAGUUGGACGACGCCAACGACGCCGGUGGGAAGAACUCGUCCGGCUGCACGCUGAUCCUCACCGAGGGGGACUCGGCCAAGACGCUGGCCGUGUCCGGGCUGGGAGUGGUUGGCCGGGACCGCUACGGGGUAUUCCCUCUCCGGGGAAAGAUGCUCAACGUACGGGAGGCCUCUCACAAACAGAUUAUGGAGAACGCUGAAAUCAACAACAUCAUCAAGAUCCUGGGUCUGCAGUACAGGAAGAACUACAGUGACCCAGAGUCCUUGAAGAGCCUGCGCUACGGAAAGCUCAUGAUCAUGACAGAUCAGGAUCAAGAUGGCUCCCACAUCAAGGGCCUCCUCAUUAACUUCAUCCACCACAACUGGCCCUCUUUGCUGCACCAUCCCUUCUUGGAGGAGUUCAUCACACCCAUCAUCAAGGCCACUCUGAAGAAGACAGUGCUGUCUUUCUACAGUAUCCCAGAGUUUGACGAGUGGAAGGACAACCAGCCCAACUACAAAUCUUGGAAAGUUAAAUACUACAAAGGUUUGGGUACCAGCACGUCGCAGGAAGCCAAGGAGUACUUCUCAGACAUGCAGAGACAUCGCGUUACCUUCAAGUACAGCGGCCCUGAAGACGACGAAGCAAUCACCUUGGCCUUUAGCAAGAAGAAGGUGGACGAGCGCAAGGUGUGGCUCACCAACUUCAUGACGAACCGGCGUCAGCGCAGGGAACACAACCUGCCUGAGGAGUACCUCUACGGCAAGGCCACCAAGUCCCUGUCCUACAACGAUUUUGUCAACAAGGAGCUGGUGCAGUUCUCCAACUCGGACAACGAGCGCUCCCUCGCCUGCCUGGUGGACGGCUUUAAGCCGGGCCAGAGGAAGGUGCUGUUCAGCUGCAUCAAGAGGAACGACAAGCGGGAGGUGAAGGUAGCCCAGCUGGCCGGCUCGGUGGCAGAGAUGUCUGCCUAUCACCACGGAGAGAUCUCUCUGAUGAUGACCAUCGUCGGCCUGGCUCAGAACUUUGUGGGGAGCAACAACUUGAAUCUGCUGCAGCCCAUGGGUCAGUUCGGCACUCGGCUCAACGGCGGCAAGGACUCUGCCAGCCCUCGAUACAUCUUCACCAUGCUCAGUCCUCUGACCCGGCUGAUCUUCCCCCCCGUGGACGACAACCUGCUCAAGUACAACUACGACGACAACCAGCGGGUGGAGCCCGAGUGGUACAUCCCCAUCCUGCCCAUGGUGCUGGUGAACGGCGCGGACGGCAUCGGCACCGGCUGGGCCAGCAAGAUCCCCACCUACGACGUCCAGGAGAUCGUCAGCAACCUGAACCGCAUGCUGGAUGGCCAGGAGCCCCAGCCCAUGCUUCCCAGCUUCAAAGGGUUCCGCGGUGGUGUAGAUCAACUGGAGGCCAACCAGUACCUGAUAAGUGGAGAGGUGGCCAUCCUCGACUCCACCACCAUCGAGAUCUCCGAGCUGCCAGUCAAAACCUGGACGCAGACCUACAAGGAGAACGUUCUGGAGGCCAUGCUGAUGGGCACGGACAAGAUUCCCGCUCUGAUCACGGACUACAAGGAGUACCACACGGACACCACAGUGCGCUUCGUGGUCAAGAUGGCGGAGGAGAAGCUGCUGGAGGCCGAGGCGGCCGGCCUCCACAAGGUGUUCAAGCUCCAGAACACGCUCACCUGCCACUCCAUGGUGCUGUUUGACUACGCGGGCAGCCUGCAAAAGUAUGAGUCGGUGAUGGACAUCCUGAGGGAGUUCUUCAAGCUCAGGAUGAAGUACUACGGCCUGAGGAAGGAGUGGCUGCUGGGCAUGCUGGGCGCAGAGAGUUCCAAGUUCAGCAACCAGGCCCGCUUCAUCCUGGAGAAGAUCCAGGGCACCCUGGUCAUCGAGAACAAGCCCAAGAAGGAGCUGAUCUCCAUGCUGGCGGAAAUGGGCUAUGACUCAGACCCGGUCAAGGUCUGGAAGGGCGCUCAGAAGACUGAGGAAGAGAUGGAGGGCAGAACCGGUGAUGAGGAGGAGAAGGAGGACACCACUGGGCCGGACUUCAACUACCUGCUGAGCAUGCCCAUGUGGUACCUCACCAAGGAGAAGAAGGAGGAGCUGUGCAGGCAGAGAGACGCCAAGAUGACUGAGCUGAACACGCUCGAGAAGAAGACUGCCCCUGAUCUGUGGAGAGAGGACCUUGCUGCCUUCAUGGAGGAACUUGAGCGUGUGGAGCAGCGGGAGAAGGAGGAGAGCGCCUCGGUGCCGGUGGUGAAGGGCAAGACGGGCCGGGCCAAGCCGGUGAAGGUGAAGCAGGAGACGAUGCCCACGCCGCAGGGCCGCCGCGUCGUCCCGCGCAUCACCGCCGCCGUCAAGGCCGACGCCAGCCGCAAGGCGGGCGAAGCCAAGCGUGGUCGCAAGGUCAAGACUGAAGUGGCGAUGAAGAUAGAGUUUGACGGGGAGCAGGAGAACACACUAGAGUCCGUUCCGCUGGCUAAACGAGUCAAGGCCAGUGCCAAGGAGAAGGCUGCAUCCAAGACUGGCAAGCAGACCAAGGCCCCCACCAGGAAGAGCCCCUGGUCCAGCGAGGCGCCGUCUGAGUCCGGCAGCGAGAUGGAGGUGUCUGCAGAGAUGGACGAGCCUGUGGCCCCAAGGGACAUGGUUGAGCGGAAGAGCAAAGCUGCCGUCAAAUACAGCCUGUCGGACAGCGAGGACGAGUUUCACGACUGGAAGAAGGCCAGCGCCCCCAAGCCUAGGGUGUUUGAGAGCGACGACGACUCCUACCUGCCCGAGCCCAGCGUGGCGGUGAGCGAACCCACGACGGUCAAGGAAGACGAGAGCAAGUCGAGCUCUCAGUCUCAGUCUGACGGCUCAAAGCCCCCAGCCAAGUCCAGGGCCAAGACGGCAGCCCCUAAGAAGGCCCCCGCCACCAAGAAGGCCCCUGCCGCCAAGAAGACCCCCGCCACCAAGAAGGCCCCGGUGGCCAGAAAGAAGACUGCAGACGCAAAACAGCCCUCUAUCAUGGAUGCCCUGACCAAGGCCAAAACGGUAUCCAAGACCGCAGCCAAGGCUAAGCUGUCGGCCGACUCCAGCGACGAUGAGGCCCCGCCCAAGGCCCUGGCCACCAAGGUGAAGCCCCCUGCAAAGCGCAAGCAGAUCAGAGACAGCGACUCCAGUGACGAUGAGGCCCCGCCCAAGGCCCUGGCCACCAAGGUGAAGCCCCCUGCAAAGCGCAAGCAGAUCAGAGACAGCGACUCGGAAAGCAACGACUCGGGCAGCGAGUCCGAUAACCUCAUGGCGCGCAUCCGCGGCAAGACCACCACCGCCGCAGCCAGUAAGAAAGCCAAGAAGUGGGAUGAUGACAGCUUCAGGGUAUCUGACAAGGAGGAUGCCGCUUCGGUUGCCGUGGCAGCGAGAGACAAGCCCUCGCGUACCAAGAAGCCUAUGUCAUACAAGUUGGACUCCGACUCGGAUGAAGAAUUUGGGUUUUAAUGGGGAUUCUGAAUUUCAAAGUUCUGGUCAUAUAACCUUGUUUUUUUAAAGAUGAAAUGGCCUGCAAUCAAUGUUUUGGCCCCCUUACAAAUGUUUUAAAAAAAAAUAGGUUUGUAAUGGUUUAAUGCUUAAUUGUUUUCUGUUUAGUUCUUGUAAAUAUUUCAGUGGUUGUCUGUUUUACACAAUAAAUUCAUUUAUACGGUAAGGACUGGACUUCAAGCAUCUUGGAUCGCCUCUCCAUUCUGCCUCCAGACUGCGGGACCUUGGUUUCCAAAUGACCUGCAAAAUUUGCUCUCAUUAGAAUAGACGGCAUUGGACAACUGAGCAACAGACUACUCCCUUUUUUCUUUGGCCUAGGUAAGACCGUUCUGACGUUUGUUGUUCAUGAGCAGCUUGACAAGAGGAAUAUGACAAGCCUAUGUCCCGGAUCCGUCCUUGUGUGAUGGCUCUUAAUGCAGUAGCUCCAGCCUCAGUCCACUCCUUGUGAAGCUCCCCCACACUAUUUGGUAGGACGUAUCCCUUUUUUUAUGAGACUUAAAACAAGUCAACCAUUACCUUAAAACGUAUCUUUGCCAUGCAUUGAAAGGCUUCAAUAAAUAACUACAAGUUAUUUGAAAUACUAAAGGGCAGACUUUAAUCAGUUUUCCUUAAAGGGACACUUCACCCAUUUUCAUUAAGCUUUGUAUCGUUAGAAACCCAGUCAUAUUUUUGAAUGGUCGUGCAUCAUUCCCUUAUUUUCUGGAGAGACUGAAGAGAUCCGUAUCGAUCUCCAACACUUCCUGUUUAAAAUGACGCAAUAUGAAGAGUUUUGAGUAGAAGUAAAUAGGAAGUGUAAGAGGGGAGGAUUCUCUUAAGACUACAACCACUAGUCCCACCCCUGGAUGGCUAGUCACUACAAAAACGUAGUGACUAGCCAUCCCAAUAUCAUCCCACUGCAGACACAAAUGGACACUUCUCGUGUGGUGGGAGUUCCCGUUUACUCAGACUGGAACGCCCCCUUCUUAUUCUUCGUCGCCUUUCUCGCUGAACUGUAUUAAAAUUUCAAAGUGUACUACUCCGAAACCAUGUAAAUAGUGUUGUAAAUAAACUUCCAAAGCUUUUCAAAUCUUAUUUGGCAAAUAACUUAACAUGGUGUGUCUUUUUACAAUUUAUUCGUUACCAGCAUUCGUAGUGUUGAUCAGCAGUGAAAUAGUCUGCUAUAAGACGUUGACGUCGCUUAGCAACCGAAGACGCUGGGGUUGACAAGUUACCGGACUGCUACCCUUGCAAGUGAACGGAGCGUUCCAUGGCAUUGAGAAGACCAGUGUAAUAAAGGCCUAUAAAAUGUCUGUUUAUGGCAUAGAUUUCUCCUCAGAUUAGGCCAAUAAAGCAAUGAUAACAAAAACAAAAAAAACACAAACGCUCGAUCAAAGGCCCCCUCUCCCUCGGGUCAAUCAAAACCCUCAUUGUUUAACAUGAAUUGGCUAAACAAAUGACCACUGUACCAUAUUUAAACACAAUUCAAAUUGUGCAGAGAAUUAUUUUCAUUGGUCAUUCUCAGUGGCGGCUGGCGUCGUGGGCACAGUAACAGACAGGGGGUCUGAGGUUCCCCCCCAUUUUGGGGAUGGCCACUACUUAUUUACCUGCUUUUCAUUCAGAUUCAUAGCCUCCAUCCUGACUUGCAGGGCCUGGACAAGCUUACACUGCAUAUACAGACCUACUUCAUGGCCAUUCCACCAGCCAUUGCUAUUUGACCCAUUGUUGUUAUUCUGAUAUUGAGACAAAUCAUGAACACUGUCCUAUAGCGUCCAUUUUUUUUGAGUCUCAAUGUCUACUUCAAAUGCAGUUAGAAAUAUGGGACAGUUGCUUCAUUUUGUUUAUAUGCUACAGGCCGAAAGACUAAAUUAAUAUUAAACUUACUUGCUUCUUUUAAGUAUAACAUUGCUUGGGGAGUCCAAUUCCUCCACUGAAAAGGGUGGAAAGUGCUUACAACUCUGCUAGGUAGCGAUCUAUGACACUGUUUUUUAUUGGUCGUCAUGAAAAAAACAAAAGGGGUAACACUGUCGAUAUUUAUCAAUUAAAAAAUAGGGGUUAACACUGUUUUUUUUUCCACACACUAGUUUUAAUCAAAUGAAACAUGAGGGGUAACACUGUCUUUUUAAUCAAAUGAAACAAGGGGUAGCACUGUCGUUUUAAUCAAAUGAAACAUGAGGGGUAACACUGUCUUUUUUAUCAAAUGAAACAUAAGGGGUAACACUGUCGUUUUUUAUCGGUCGUCAUGAAAAAAACAUAAGGGGUAACUGUCAUUUUUAUCAAAUGAAACAUGAGGGUUGACAUUGUCAUUUUUCUUUGGUCGUCAUGAAAAAACCAUAAGGGGUAACACUGUCGAUAUUCAUCAAAUAAAACGGGUUAACACUGUUGUUUUU